GUUUCUAAAAAUCUUUACAGAGUGAGCUUGGUACACAGGUAGUUAUGAAAUGGAGACAAACACAGACAGUCAAAAUAAAAAAAAAACACCAGAAGGCUAUCUCGAAGCAAGACUGGAACACUUGCAGGGGCAAUAAGACAGAAGGGAAGGACACACACAGACUAUACAGACAAGGAGAGGGAGGAUAAUAAACACAGGCGGGUGACAAAAUGACGAUGACGCAGGAAGUUAACACUCAAGGAAAGGAGCCGGAUCUGAAACAAGAGGAGAGUUAAUGGAGAAAAAAAAACAAAGACAGAACCUUAAGACAGGAUGAGACAUGACAAUAAGCUUCAAAUGUGCUGGCCGCACUGACAUUUUCACAAAACACGUCAUGUCAUGUUCACAUAACAUGUAUGAUGUGACUUUUACGUCGGGAGGUGGAGAGGAUGGUGGUGCAGUUACACUCUAGAAGGCUUCCAAGCCAGUGACAGCUGUACGAGACUGCGUUUCAACAAUUUUGUCAGUGUGAUAAAACUGGACAUUUCGUAUUAACAGACUUCGGGACAGUUUCCAGUUGUGUAUGUUGGGGCAACAAUGGGUAUGUCAAGCCAAAAUGUGAUGUUUUCCUUACCCUAACCUAGUGAUAAAUACAUGAUUUUUUUUUUUCUCCAGGCAUGUGUAUCAUGCAAGAUGUGAUAUUUUAAGCCAAAAUGUGAUGUUCUCUGAUCCCCGACCAAGGAUUUGUGGUGCGUUAACCCAAACAGAUCAUGAGCAGAUAGCUGUGACAAGAGAAAACUUUUAAAUUGAACAUAAAAGAAACGUACAGUAACAUAAAGUUUGUAUGACGAAACAAAGAUUUGACCCGGUGGUUUUGCAGAAACAUACUUUGCUAAGAUAUAUUCUGGUGAUUGGGUUGUAAUUGUGAGCACUUUCACGACGGGUCAAGAGUGUGAUUUUGCAGAGACGCUGUGAAAGUGAGAACAAAUGGCCGAGCUUAGAGUCACAGGAGGCAAGAAUGAGCCUGAGAAAGAUGGAAUGGAGGGUGGAAGUAUUAGAGAGUCAGCCGAGAACGGCGGAGUGAUCGCCAUCUGACAGAGAGAGAAGGAAGAGAGCGACAGACGGGUACCGCAGGAGAAAAACUGUCUGUAGCGUCAAGGUCUCUGGACUUCACACUCAUUUUCAAAGAUUAAUCUUGUCACACCAUAAAUGCACUGGGUUUCUUCCGCUGCGUGGCCACUCUAGAGGCCCUGUACAUCUUUAAUCCUCACAUUCAGCAGGACAGAUAGUCCAUUAACCUUCCUUUAUUCAGGAUUAUCACAGGACCAAACUGAUGUGGACCAAAGUAUUUAACGGCCCGUUCAAGCUGGAAUCAAACAGUCUUUUGCCUUUUUUGCAGCAGAUGAAACGCAGCUCGCGGACUCUCCCGGACAGCUGCGGCAUUUAGGAGCUGGACAGAGGGAUGGAGUCUCAGCAGAAGUGCAUCGUGAUCUUCGCCUUGGUGUGCUGCUUCGCCGUGCUGGUGGCGCUGAUUUUCUCAGCCGUGGACGUUUGGGGCGAGGACGAAGACGGCAUCACGGAGGACAACUGUAGCAGGAACUGCAGCGUGGUGCUUGUGGAGAACAUCCCGGAGGACAUCUCCUUCCUGGACAACAGCACCUCCCACGUCCCGCUCUCAGAGGGGUUGUUCAACUUACUGGACCAAGCUAAGAGGGCCGUGGAGAUCGUUUCCCCGCUUUGGCUCCUCAACUCCUCCGAUUAUGAAUCGAGCUUCCAGCCCGCCGCCAGACAGGGCCGGGCUCUGCUGUCCAAGCUGCAGGGGCUGAAAGCUCGAAGUGUCAAUCUGAAGAUCUCCAGCGGGAUCAUCGACUCGACUGAGCUCAGCGCGCUCGACAAACACUACGCUGAGGUCCACUAUAUAAACAUGACGGCUCUGACCAAAGGCCACCUCCUCUCCUCCUUCUGGGUGGUCGAUAGGAGACACUUCUACAUCGGCAGCGCCAGCAUGGACUGGAGAUCACUGGCCACAAGGAAGGAGCUGGGUGUGCUGGUGUACAACUGCAGCUGUCUGGCUCUGGACCUCCACAGAGUAUUCAGCCUCUACUGGGGGCUCCAGUAUAAAGACUUCAUCCCCUCCUUCUGGUCCAAGCGCCUCUUUGCCCUCUUCAACAAGGAUUCACCGCUGGACCUCACUAUCAACAGCUCAAAGGCUCAGGCCUACAUCUCUACCUCCCCAGAUGUUUUCAUCCCCAAAGAGCGCAGCAAUGAUCUCGAAGCCAUUUCCAGAGUCAUCCAGGAGGCACGCCACUUCAUAUACAUCUCCAUCAUCGACUACCUGCCCCUCCUGAGCAGGGACGCUCACAGGUACUGGUCUCGUAUCGACGGCCUUAUCCGGGAGGCUCUGAUCCUGAGGAAGGUCCGAGUUCGACUGCUGAUAAGUUGCUGGGAAAAGAGUGAGCCACUUAGUUUCAACUUCCUCUGGUCCCUGAGGAGUCUGUGCAUGGAGCAGGCCAACUGCUCACUGGAAGCUAAGUUCUUCAGCCCCAGAGUGCAGAGGGAUGGCACUCUCCAGGGAAUAAACUACAACCGGUUUAUGGUGACAGACAGCGCCAUCUAUUUAGGUAACCUUGACUGGGUGGGGAAUGAGUUCACCUUUAAUGCAGGAGCCGGCCUGGUGAUCAGUCAGCCAGAGGGCGUCGAGGACAGGAACUCUACGGUGGUGGACCAGCUACGGGCAUCCUUCGAGAGGGACUGGUUUUCACGUUACACCCGCUCUCUGCAGGCCAAUAAGAUCCCUGUCUGCAACAAGCACCAGAACAAAAGGCUGGUGUCAGCGAAAUCUAGCCACAUAGACAAUGGACCGGUGCCCAUCAGAACAGGCCAGCACGAUAACGGACCCGCACCGAUGAGAAACAGUCACAGAGACGAUGGACAGACGCCACUUAAAUCAAGACACCAUGACGACAGACUAACCAAAACAAGUCGCCAUGGCAUGGCCAACGGACUGGUGCCAGUUAUAGACAGUUAUCAGGACAGGGGACGAGUCAAAACGAGUCACCUAGACAACAGACAGGUACAAAUCAAAGACAAUCACCACGACAAUCCCAUGGAUCCACGCAGUCAGUCAGCUGAGAGCAGCGGCAGUCGAGAGAUCUCCAACGGGGCUCUGUGACCACAAAGUGUGAUGGGUUCCUUUUAACUGUUUAAUGUUUGGAGAACUGCUCUCUCAGACUUAACACACUGGGACUUUGUAGCAUUUUAUUAUCAUUGUUUUGAAGAAAACUUGAUGAAGAACCGGUUUGUAGGACUUGAUAAUGUGCAUGGAAGAACUCAGGAAGGAAAGCCAAGGCUCGUCUGCAGCCUGGCACUUUUGAUGGAUUUUUUUUAAAGAAUGAAACCAAAACGUUUUGGUUUAGCAGAAACUCUGAUUAACACACUGUAAUAACUUAUCUUGCUACUUAUUUACUCUUUUUUCUCGCCUCAUGGGGGUCUCUUAAGCAAAGGAAACAGAUGAUCUUGUAUUGAUUGCCUACUUAUUGUCCGUCACCGAAGCAGUUUGAGGCAGUCAUCCCUUUAAACGCGGGAAUCACCCCUGCACGCCUAUGCAGAGAUGGGAGGCGGUGCAGCACAUGUAGCCACACUAGCUACAUCUAGCAGCCUUACAUGUGGAUCCUCUUAACGCCUCUGUACUCAGAUUGGUAGCAGAUAUGUUGGCCUCAUGGAAAUAGUUUUGUGCAUCUCCAGCAAUAUUCUAAGUUACUGUUCAUUCAAAUACUUCAUUAAAACUGCAAACUUACCUUAUCUUCAUCCUACCCGAAAUUGUCGCUUUAAUGAGCUCAAGCCUGUAAUGGCAGUUCAUGACAACGUUUCAUUUUUAAGAGUGAAACCACUGUCUUUUUUUAAGGAGACCUCGGGAUGAAGCAUAACCAAAGGUAAAAUUUUAUAAAAUUAACCUAAGAAACAUAAAGUUUCAACAUAGAGAAAUGUAAAAUGGACACAUAGCCGUGGUUUGUAGAAACUUAUGUGACUAUAUUAACAUGGCAGCCAUUUUCCUCUAAUUUCACGUUCAUGGUGGGAAAAUGUCAUAUUGUUGCAUUCCAGAUUGCAGGUCAUAGAAAUCUGUCAAAUUAUUGUAAUUUCACUGCUUCCUGAUCAAUCAGCGACUAAAAUAACAAUGGACUGUGAAAAAUCCAGAGAGACAACAGGCCAUAUUUCAAGGUUAAACAACAAAUUUGUAAUAGAAAUGACUCCAUAACUCUUUGUAAGUGCUGCCCCACAGUUGAUGAACUGGGGCUCUAAAGGGAUUGAUCAAAUCACGUCCACCAUGUUUUUAUCUCAAUACCACAAGCACUUAUUGGCAUAUGGAGAGCAGGAACACGACGAGUCGUAUAUCUCUCCGCAGCACUGUAGUGUUUAUCAUUUUACUUUAUGGAGGUCAUAAUGGAAUUAGAUGAUGCACGUAUUCUGGUGUUUAUUACAUGACACCAAAUGUAGUACGGCCUGGAAUUUUCUGCUACAGCUUCCGUUAGUUUAAGUCAUAGGCAGGUAUCUUUCCCGGGGAGAACAGAGAUUAUUGAUCUGAAAAGGGGUCCUUAUUGAUAAUCAUUCCAGUUCCCAUCCACAAAUCCUAGGAAGGAAAGGAACCGAAGGGUUAUGUAUGGUGUUCUUCCCACUGCAGUGUUGUGACUUAUUGAACAAAUACUAAAGGAGCAGUUAGAAGAAGGGGCCAGAGGGUCUCUGCUGUCGGCCAAAUCAAUACAAUGAAUUUUUAACAACUUGACAGUCGGCAGUUGCUGCAGUUUAACCUCAAGGACAUGGUGGUCUGUAACGUCACGCCUGUGACUGAAUAUAUAUUACAUUUACCAUGCAGAGGGAGAGCUAAAAAUACAAUCUUGUUAGUACAGAGCAAGUAAUUUACCCUGGAGAGAAAGCUUGUAGCGACUUUAAUUUGCGUUUUGAAUGACUGCAUGUCAGUUUAGGACAUUUACACAGUCUUUGGUGUGAGUCCAACUUUUUGUAACUAUGCUUGUGGGAAUAAUAUGUAGAGAUAUUUUAAACUUCCAAAUCUGUUAAUCAAGGAUAAAGGAAAGCAUGACUAGAGAGAUCCGAAUGGUGAUGCCUAUAUAAAAAGUAUGCAGGGUGGUCGUGGUUUAAUGUGAAACGGCACACAUGUGAUCAGUGUUUUGUGUGCGCAGAAAGUGAAUACUUUAAUUGGAGGCUCAAUGCACAGAAGGUUUGGUUGUUAAUAUAAAUUAUUACAAGCAGGUGUAAUCAUUUACAACCACUGACACUGGUGUAAAAUCAAACUCAGUCAGUCAAAAACAAACCGCUUGACAACUGCAGUCUGGUCAUGAUGGGUGACUUCUGCCAUCUAGAGGAUGUCACGAGAAAGAAACUUUCUUACGUGAAAGAAACUUUGUUCUCACUUCUCAUGAACCUUUAAAAUCAGCCAGUAACAAUUUAUAAUAACCAUUAUUAAUUAAUGAUGAAUUCAUAGUUAAUUAAACUUGUUAAGUCAAUAGUUAUUUCACUGUUGACACACAAUGAAAUGCUUUAUAAACCAUUGAUUACUAUGGAUCUUGAUGAAAAAAAUCAGUCGUAUGUAGGACGUUGUUACCUUUGAGUGAGUACAAUUUAAUGCAGAUUUGAAGAUCCUGAGAGCUUGAAUUAUGAUUAAGUAUGGGCAGUUUAAAAUUUUAAAUGAGACAGGGCUACUGAGUUUGAUAUUGGAUAGGAUGGACUGUUGGGCCUAGGCAGAGGUAUGCACUCUACUGAGCGCCAUUCAAGCUAACCAGGUGCAACUACAUAACAGAAAUGCAUAGUGAAUGGUUUAUACAGCAUUUCACUGUUUGUAAACAGUGAAAUAACUUAACUAAAGUUGAAUUCAUGUUUCAUAAAUGUGUAAUUUAUUAGUAACGGUUAUCAUAAAGUGUUACCAAUCAGCCUCAAUCAAGAACACAUGUUGGCUCAUAACUACUGUUUAAAACAAUCCUAAAAAAUGUUUUUAUUAAAGGCAGCGACAUGGGAAUUUAAGUUGGAACUGGAAUCACGGUGACAACUAUUACUGAUGAUCUGAGGUGAUCAGAAGAUGAUUCAUUCAUUAAAAACAACACAUAUUGUACACAUAGUAUAGUAAAGGAAGCUAUUUUAUAAGGCAUUAAAGUAUGAAAUGAGAAAAAUGUCAUAAUAAUAACAAUUCUAUGUUUGAUUCUAAUAUGCACUAAACCGAAAAACCUACUUUCCUUUGCUGCUUUACGUGUACCCUAAAACUAUUCUCUCUCUUAUAAACUGAGACAUAACUCUAAUAUGACAUUAGCACUUGUAUGAAUGUAAACACAAUCAUCUGUUUCAUGUGUUUCUUCGAUACAGAGUGAAUAGAACCUAAAGAGCAUUUUCUCAAUAAUAAUGUCCACUAUGUGUCCACUGUGUACAGCUCGUUUUUUGGAGUCACAUUUAUGAUUUCUAUGCUGCUGCUAUCUAUGAUUGUUCACGGGGUGGGGGCAGGGAUGCUGCUAAUGUGCCCCGUACCCAGGUCUUUGUGUACCUUCUUGUGUAUUUGUUUUUAAACUAUUUUGAUAACCAGAGACAGUGAUUAUUUUCCAGCUAACGGGGACUAGAACUACUACUUUAAUGAGAUAUUUUCAAUGGGGACUAUAUAGCUAUGGAGCACAGAUACACGGUACACAGAUGCCAACGGUCUUUAAUCUGCUACAUGCAAAAACAGGGAUGUUUCUGUAUCACUGGUUGUGCACUGACCAUCUGCCCAUCCCUUCAGUAAGAUGAAAGAAAAUUGAGAACAUUUUCAGUACUCCAUGAAAUGUAAUGUUCUAAAUGUUCUAGAUGGGUUUGCUGCGAACAGACCGAAGCAUUAUUACUGACUGGUUUAUUUUAAAUGCUCACUGUCCAAGCUUUUGAAUGUCGCCUACCUUUAUUCUGUUGAAUUAUUCCGGCAUGCCUGCUGCUUGCAUGCCCUUGCCUUUAUGAACUGCGCACAGUAGCUAUGAGCCUUUCUAGAACUAAAGAUACUAAUGAAAUCUUAUAUACCUUUAAAAAAAACAAUACAGAAGGAAUGUAUAUUUAUUGAAUAACUUGUUAAUGCACACCACUGAAUUGUCUGAUUGCUAAGUUUUUACUCUUAGUAAUAAAAACUCUUAGCUUUU